UCCCAGCUGCAGCCAGAGGUGCCGGGCGGCUGCAUCCGGCUCGCGCGCAGCAUCCGCACCAGCUGCCGCUCGGGCUCCGCGGGCGAGCAGGGGCGGAGGCGCCCGGCAGCAGCAGCAGCGCAGGAUGGCGGAGCCGCCAGCCGCCCCCGGGUCGGAGGGCGAGGAGGGUCCGGUCCGCUUCGCCCGAAAGGGGGCCCUGAGGCAGAAGAACGUGCACGAGGUGAAGAACCACAAGUUCACGGCCCGGUUCUUCAAGCAGCCCACCUUCUGCAGCCACUGCACCGACUUCAUCUGGGGGUUUGGGAAGCAAGGGUUCCAGUGUCAAGUUUGCUGCUUCGUUGUACACAAGCGGUGCCAUGAAUUUGUUACUUUCUCCUGCCCGGGUGCUGAUAAAGGUCCUGCUUCUGAUGAUCCAAGGAGCAAGCACAAAUUUAAAAUCCACACGUACUCCAGUCCCACCUUCUGUGACCACUGUGGCUCAUUACUCUAUGGACUCAUUCACCAAGGGAUGAAAUGUGACACCUGUAUGAUGAAUGUCCACAAACGCUGUGUGAUGAACGUCCCGAGCCUAUGUGGAACGGACCACACUGAGCGCAGGGGACGGAUAUACAUCAAGGCGGAUAUAGAAAAAGAAGUUCUCACCGUUGUAGUAAGAGAUGCCAGAAACCUAGUUCCUAUGGACCCUAAUGGCUUGUCAGACCCUUAUGUGAAACUUAAACUAAUCCCCGACCCGAAAAGUGAAAGCAAACAGAAGACCAAAACUAUAAAGUGCUCUCUGAAUCCUGAGUGGAAUGAGACUUUUAAAUUUCAGCUGAAAGAGUCGGACAAAGACAGACGGUUGUCAGUGGAGAUUUGGGACUGGGAUCUGACCAGCAGAAAUGAUUUCAUGGGGUCUUUGUCGUUUGGGAUUUCUGAGCUGCAGAAAGCAGGUGUUGAUGGAUGGUUUAAACUGCUGAGCCAGGAGGAGGGGGAAUACUUCAACGUCCCGGUUCCCCCCGAGGGAGAAGAAGGAAACGAGGAACUCAGGCAGAAAUUUGAGAGAGCCAGGAUUGGUCCAGGUGCCAAGGCAGCCGAGGAGAGGAUGACGCAUGCGAUUUCCAAAUUUGACAACAAUGGAAACAGAGAUCGGAUGAAACUGUCAGAUUUUAAUUUCCUCAUGGUGCUGGGGAAAGGAAGCUUUGGAAAGGUCAUGCUCUCGGAAAGAAAAGGCACCGAUGAGCUCUAUGCAGUUAAGAUCCUGAAGAAGGACGUCGUUAUUCAGGACGACGACGUGGAGUGCACGAUGGUUGAGAAGCGAGUGCUGGCUCUGGCUGGGAAGCCUCCGUUCCUAACACAGCUUCACUCCUGCUUUCAAACGAUGGAUCGCUUAUAUUUUGUGAUGGAAUACGUGAAUGGCGGGGACUUAAUGUAUCAGAUUCAACAGGUUGGCAGGUUUAAAGAGCCCCAUGCUGUAUUCUAUGCAGCAGAAAUUGCUAUUGGCCUAUUCUUCCUACAAAGCAAAGGCAUCAUUUAUCGAGACCUAAAGCUAGACAACGUGAUGCUGGAUAACGAGGGGCACAUAAAGAUCGCGGACUUCGGCAUGUGUAAGGAGAACAUCUGGGACGGAGCAACUACCAAGACCUUUUGCGGCACUCCUGACUACAUUGCGCCCGAGAUAAUUGCUUAUCAGCCCUAUGGGAAGUCGGUGGAUUGGUGGGCAUUUGGAGUUCUGCUCUAUGAAAUGUUAGCUGGCCAGGCGCCCUUUGAAGGGGAAGAUGAAGAUGAACUUUUCCAGUCCAUUAUGGAGCACAACGUAGCCUACCCCAAAUCCAUGUCCAAGGAGGCUGUGGCAAUCUGCAAAGGGCUAAUGACCAAGCACCCUGGCAAACGCCUGGGAUGUGGCCCAGAAGGGGAGCGGGACAUCAAGGAACACGCCUUCUUCCGAUAUAUCGACUGGGAGAAACUCGAGCGCAAAGAGGUUCAACCUCCGUUCAAGCCAAAGGCUAAAGACAAACGAGACACUUCCAACUUCGACAAAGAGUUCACCAGGCAGCCUGUGGAACUCACACCUACUGACAAACUCUUCAUCAUGAACUUGGAUCAGACUGAGUUUGCUGGAUUCUCCUAUACUAAUCCAGAAUUUGUCAUUAAUGUUUAGACAAGAUGCAAAUGCCACCUCUUGUGCUUGCAAUCUAAACCUUCAGAUCGCCUUGUAAAUAUCAACACUAGUCUUCCGGGAUUAACGGUGCAUACAUGUAUUCAUACCCUUAUUCGAAAUGUGGAGAUAACUUAUUUUAGGAGGCCUUUAUAUGUAUGUGUCACUUGCUAGCGUGGUUCCUACAUCUGGAAAUAUUUAGUUUGUGAGGUAACAGCAAGAGGUAAUACUUCUAGACACUACCAAUAAUGGUAACCAAUAGAAUUUUUAAACAGGUCUGAAUAUUGUCUCUAAAUACCAAAUUGCUACAGUCUUUGUAAUUUUUAAAAUCAGAUACUGAGAUUCUGGUAAACUUUUAAUUAUUCAAAAAUUGUUUCCUUGGAAUGCUAAGCAUGGUUGUUGUUUUAAACUGUUGUGCUGCAGCUUGCAAUGACUGUGAAGUUGUCUUAGAAGCGCCUUUUUUUCAAGAAUUGGAAGUGAAAUCUGAUCAGUGUGAAGAAGUCUGCGUAUAGACAUAUUUUAUUUUUAAUGCAUUGUAUAUACAGUCAAACUGGCUCAGUGAAGCUGUCUUCCUCUUUAGCCUACUGUAAAAGUGUGCAUUUCAAUACAAUAAUCAUUUUGUUCCUAUUACUCAGGCAUAACACUACAAAAUGAAUUUUAUUCCAGUUCUAGGAAAUCAGAACACGUGUUUUUCCUAAGUAAAAGGUGGGAUUUUUUUUAAACAUCUGGAACAGUUUGCAGUUUUGAUAUACUAUGACAACACUCUUAUAAAUCUUUCUCUUGUUUUUUUCACAGACACUGUUGAAAGUUAACAGCUCUGUAAAGGAUAUUAAUAUUCUACCAAAACACACACAUUUGCAAGCUCAGUUUACAGUUUAGCAACUGAAAAUAUGCCCAUUAGGAGAGGGCACUAUUGAGGGCUAUUUCUAAAGGUAACUUUUUUAUAGUAUACACCCUUUGCUAUUAUCUAGAUGCGCAAUGUACCGGUAAUUAAUUUUCCACAUGCCCCGGUUUACAUAGUUUUACUCCAAAGUUCUGUUUUCAAGGUUUUAUUUAGUAACCCAGGACCAGAUGUAUCAUUUUAGAAAUUCUAAAUUUUACAAAAAUAUUCCAGCUGAUAUUUUUAAUAAAUAAUUACAAGAUGCAUGUAGCAAGGUGCCAUAUGGAAGAGCAAAGCCAGACGAGGUCAACUGCUAGUCCUUCAUCUGGCUAGCUAUUCUUACUCUUUCUUUAGGCACAAAUACAAGAAUUAAGUGUGUACAUUUGGAAACACUGAUUGUUAGUCUUGUCUCGCUGUAUGCGAGUUGGGUUGGUUUCCAAUAAUUUUUUGUUUUUAAACAGUACCAAUUUUAAUGUAAAUACACAUUUAUUCAUGAAUAUAGUGAAAAGUAGAGGUGGAAAUCUUAUGAGUUAUAUGGAAUCCUAUAGAGAAAAUAGUGGUUUGUAGGUCUUUUAUAAACCUCAAACUUUGCCUUUUGAAUAUUUUUUUAAAAAGGAUUUAAGGGAAAAAAGCUGCUAAACACUAGGAAAAAAUGUUUUUAGCUCAUCCAUGGGCCAUGAAGUGUCCAAACAACCUUGGAUUACUCUGUUCCAUUCCUGAAUUUAAUGGAGGCCAGACGUGCUCCUUCUUUGGAGCAUGGUGUAUUCUUGGUCUCCUUGAGCAUGCAAUGAUCUGUAUUUGAGGAGGCAAAAUUUAAAAAAAAAAAAUUAAAACUGCAAAUUGUGCCAGAUCAGUUAGGAGGUACAUGGGGAACUUUGCAUCAUGCCACGACCAGGGAAGAUUUGGUUUGAAUUUAUGAUGAGAGUUCUCAUAACUCCACCAUAUAUUGCAGAAGAUUCCUUAGUUUCUUCUGCAGAUCACAGCUGACUUGAAGCAAGUGUGUUACUGUAACUGUCAAAUAUAUUGCUACAAAUUUAGUAUUACUUAAAUGGUGAAUGUUUUUUAAUUUGUCUCUCUUGUAUUUUAAAAUUUUAAUACCCUGCUGCAUCCUGUUUGAUCAUGGAAUAUCGUGAUUUACUUUAUGGCAAGGAAGGUACCAUGGUAACUUUACCAUAUGCAAUUUUUUUACAUGCAGCCUAGAGAAGGGGCUUUUGUUUUAGAUAUUUCUGUAUGUUUGAGUGACAAUUCUGCAUGGAGUGAGAUUUGCUUAAAAGCUAAAGAACAUAGUCACCUUCUACCACAAGAACUUCCUCCAUCCUCCAUCCUACAAACAGUUACACAUGGGCUUAACUGUGCUCAUGGGAGUAGUCUGGGAUUGCGCACACGGGUAAAGCUAAGCACAUGUAUCAGUGACUGCAAGACCAGCACCUAAGCUCCCAGUCCUUGACCCCCCCUUAGGCAAGGCCUGAUCCAGAGUCCAGUGAAGUCCAUGCAUAAAGCUACUCAUCCGCUUCGUGGUCUGCAGGACCAGGCCUUUGCGUUUGUUCAUCCAGGCGCUGCCUGUCCUGCCACUGCCCAAAGAUUUUUUUCCAAGGUUUGUUUUCAGACUGUUUUAUGGACACAUGUGAAAUGGAAAAAUCUGCCCAGCAGCUGACACGCAGAUUUGUAAGGAUGCUGCCAUGGAAGGACAAAGUGACAAGCCUUGACAUGCUUGACUCUGCUUGCUGCAGUUUGCUGACUGAAGCUUUAUGGAAGAUGGAAAAAGAACCAGCACUUUGGGAGGAUCUUAACCACCGAGAGACUUCAGACAAGCCCUGCCAGUACUCGUGUGUGCUGCGGUCUGAAUAACACUGUGUAAAAAUGACAGCUGGACAGGCCGCCCCCCCUGGAAUGCACGUUGGCAUGGCUCCGUCAGAGACCAAGAGUGCAGGCUGGAGGGAGGCGUGGAAAGAGAAGAGUCUAGAAAUAUGAUGGCAGGGAUGCUCAAAGGGGAGUCCCAUGAGCCUGAGACUAAAAAAGAGGAGGACUCCACACUGGAGAGCAGGGAGCUCCUGACAGGUCACUCAGCCAGAGGAAUAAUUCUCCAGGGGAAUUUACUAUAGUGAAGGAAGAUCCCCUUCCACCUCUGUAAGUGUCUACACGACUAACUGUGCUACAGCAGCACACCUGGGCCACUGCUGCCUUUCUAGUGUAGACGUCAGAGGGUUAGAUUUCAUAUGUAGAACAGUCUAGCAGAGGCAGGGCUGAAUUAAGUGUCACCAUGAUGAUCAGAGAGCCUGAUUCUGGUCUCUCACUGGAUUUACACUGGUGAUUUCAUUGGUGCCACCCCUGAUUUACCCCAGGGUAAUUUACCUCCUGUGGCUCUCCAGGAGGCAGCCUGGUGAUGUCAGGAUUGGGUGCACUGCCCUCUUUAGAGAGAGUGCUGUGUCAUCGCUGCUUCUGGACGGGGAGCAGGAAGUGCUCCGAGAGAGACGUGUCUAAAGCUGGCAGCCAGGCUGAGCAGACUGUUGGGUGAGCUGCUCCUGUGCUCAAAGGCUGAUGUCCUUCUGAACCCCAAGAUUACUGUAAAGGAGGUGAGCCCUCACUCCUCUGCCUAUGCAUGGAAUCCGUCCCCUUGAACAUCGCGGGCACAGGGGCAUCCAGGGAACUCAGGUGGUUUCGCUAUUUUCUGUUUGCCCCUUAUGUUGGUCUAUGGCCCAUGGGUCAGCGUCUGUGUAAAUCAGGCCCCUAAGAGGCAUUACCCAGAACUGUCCCAAAAUGGAGCCUUGAGCAGGUCAUGCAUUCAGCAUUGUGUUUAGCGGGUGUCUCCCUGGGGUUGUUGGGUAGUUGGAUGCAAAGUAGAACAUAUGCAGAUUGAGCUCAGGUACAGCAGCUGUUGAGGCAGGGCUCAUAGGCUAGUGGCAAAGGCAGAGGUGAAGCUGCUUUGCUUUUUCAAGCUUCAUUUCCCAACGUUCAUAUUUACAUCAGAGCAAAGAUUUCACCAGCCCUGAUGCUAUUUAGUUUGUUUUUAGAAAAACAGCGGAGAAGUAAAACCGCCUCUCUCUGCUUUUUAACAUUUGUCUCGUUUAAACUGCCACUGCAGUGGGUUUGCUUCCAAGAGGCCAGGGUCCCGAGUCUCUCACUCGAGGGGAGAAAUCGGGAUGUUCAGGAUUUAAUUCACUUUGAUUUGUAAGUGUAGAAUCUCAACUGGGCUCGGGAGCCCUGCUCUGAUCGGUGGCAUGUUGGAUUGAUGCCAAUAGUAGGCAUGUCAGUGAGCGGGUUUCAAGCAUGCCUGUGUUUUGCUGCAGGAGUUUCCAGUGUUGUGCGUAUACUGCUGAUGUGCGGGGCAGUUAGCGCUAGCCAUAAACAUGCUGCUUCCCCCUCUGCUAUUUGUGCCAAUGUUUGUUUGGUUUUGUUGUAAUGUGCCUGGCUUAGGCACAGGGACAAUCUGUUUUAAAAAGACAAAAAAGGACCUGGCACCAAAAUCCAGGUUAAGACCCUCCCAUCCCACCAAACUUUUCCCUCUGUUGGGCUCAGUCUCUCCCCAUGAGAUACGGGUUUAUGGCCAGGACCCUCCAUGAUCUCAAGGGGACUGAGUCAGGUGGAGGAGCGUUUUACAUCAGGAUUCUCAUUUCCUCUCUCUGAUCACCCCCGCCCCAGUACAUGGCCUCACAGCGAACGUACAGCCCUGGGGGCAGACUGAGAUCCCCCAUCUCCCUGCCAUAUGCAAAGCUCCUCUGAUAGGAAAAUGGUGCAGGGGUUACCCCUGGUGCUCACUGGAGAGACCAGGGUUCGAGUCCAUGCGCCACCACAGAUUGCAACCAGGUGUGGAUUUUUACAAAGUGAUUUGUAUCACCAGACACACAGGGCAUGAUUCUCCCUUGCACAUGCCUUUUGCAUCAUCCUUUACACCUGUGCAAUUUAGAUGUGAAUACUGCCGGCUCAGAAAUGGUGCUUACCCACAGCACACAGGUGUAAACGUAUACGUACAGCACCAUGCAGAGGAGAACUGAGCACUCUGUGAGGGCCUUAAUCUGCCACCUAAACCAAGCCCCUUCCACUUCCUUAGCUUCAGAGCUCAGCCUUGUCUGCACACAGAAAUGCCACCGAUCUAACCCAAAUUGUUUUUUAAAGUUACACCAGGGUACUGGGUGUAAGUGUAGCACCUUUUGGUUUACGUUACACCUGUUCCUAAUCCAUUUAAGCUCAUUCGUUAGAAGCCACUCUUAGAGCAUCCACACAGCCUUUUGCACAGGUUUAACUCAAUCGAAUUUAAAUUCCAUCUUUAAACCAAUGCAGCUUUGUGUGUCACCAGAUUCGUAGCCAGGGAUGAGAUCUCAAAGGGGGUGUCAUCAUCAUCAUCAUUCAUGCCCGUCACCCCAGUCGGGAUAUGGGCCGCCAACAACAGAUCUCCAGAGUCCUCUAUCCUGGGCCGUAAAUAUUCCCUGAUGAGCAUGUUGAGCCCAGGAACUCCGGUGGAAACGGGAUCAAUGUGAUAAUGGCUUUUAGCAGGAUAGAUACCGUGCAAAUGACUGGGCUCAUGUUGUUUAAGCUUCUAGAAUUACCUCAAGCAAACAAAUGCUGCAGCUUCUCUGCUUCUGCAGUAGCAGUUGUGCCCUUGAGCUUGUAAUUGGUGGGAGAAACCCCAAGCAACAUGCUCCAUGCAUGGAAAUGUCCUCACAAUUCCAAGUUGGUUCUUUUUAGGAUCAGGUUCCAAGUGGCAAUUAAAACAACCAACCACAAAAUUGAAAACUGCCUUUGUUAAUCAGUUUGUGUUUGAAUUUAAUUUCACCUGCAAGUAUUUGACAAGUUUUCUACACCAUGUAAUACCUGCUGUGUGUUUGUCAAAGGAUUCUCCUAAAUACCUACUUUUAGAUGGACAUAUAACCUUUAUUCUAUU